AUGGUUUUAGGUUUGUCUGAUUUAGGACCUCGUUGCUCUGACUCUGAGAAUCGAGACUUUCCGACGCAACGCAGCAACAAUGAUCAAGACAAGACCGGUCACAUUUCGAUGAAGAAGCAUCAGCACCCAAGAACAGAAGAAGAUGGUGGUGGUGAUGAUCAGGACAACACCGAGUUUCCGAGCAAGAAGAAAGCGAAGAAGAGCAGUCCAGAAACAGAAGCUGGUUCUUUUUCAUCAGACCACUCUUGUUUUGUAGCUCUUGUCAAGGCUUCGAAUCUACAAAAUGAUGCUCUGUAUCUUCCACAACAUUUCACGAGCUCAAAUGAUAUUACAAGAAAUUGCCGCAAGAUUCUUGUAAUGGAUGGAGGGGAAAGAUCAUGGGUAUUGGAUCUGACGUUCGAUGAAUCAUCUGGUACUUUCUACAUAAGCCGUGGUUGGAGAAAGUUCUGUGAAGAAAAUGGUCAAGAAGCAGGAGGCUUCUUUAUGUUUAAGCUAGUGGGAAAUGGGGAAACGCCUGUGCUCAGUUUCUGCUCAACAGAAUCUACCAAUGAUGGAACAACAGGAGACAACAACAACAAGCACAACAAAGAAUAUUGUAUAGAGCUUGAGAAAGAGAAGAGUCGUCUAAGCCAAAACCGAUAUAUGACAUUAACACUUUCAGAGAGUAGUUUCACAUAUGGUAAACUGUGUCUUUCAUUGCCAUUCAUGAGAGAAAAUGGCUUGGACAAACCUGGGAUCAUCACUCUGUUGGGUAAAGAUGGUACAAAGUGGCUGGUGAGUCUUAAACAGGGAUGCACAGGAAGAAUGAGUUUAGGAAAGGGAUUGAGAGAGUUUGCUAUAGGAAAUGGCUUAAAGAUUGGUGGAUCCUUUACGUUGGAAUUAAUUUGGCAAGACACAACUCCUAUGCUCAGUUUGUUGCAUACAGAUUCUCGUAGUGAUAAAAGGCAACAAGGAGAGCAUUGUUCAAAAGCCAGUGAGAGAGAGCCUGUUUACACAGAACCUAACAGUGGAAACAAGACAAUCAAAGCCAAGAGUAAUAGAGAAGAGAGAAGUUCAAAGGAGCUGGUGCGAAACAAGUUUCCUCCUUGCAGGAGAGCUUCAUUGUCACCUAACGAAAGCCGAUUCGCGACAUUGACUCUUACACAUGACAGCCUCAGAACGGGAAGACUGGGUCUUCCAUCGUCAUUCACGACAAAAAAUGGCUUGGACAAACCUCAAUUGAUAACUCUGUUGGGAAAAGAUGGUACAAAAUGGGUGGCGAAUCUUGGACUGGAAAAGAAAGGUGGGAGAAUGAAACUGGGAAAAGGCUGGAAAAGUUUUGCUAGAGCGAAUGGCUUAAAGAUUGGUGAAUCCAUCACGUUGGAGUCAAUCUGGAAAGAUGCAACUCCUAUGCUCCGUUUGUUUAGUGAAGAGCUUCCUUCCAGGAGAGCUUCAUUAUCACCAAACGAAAAUCGAUUCCUGACAUUGACUCUCGGACAUCGCAGCUUCACAAAAGCUGGACUGUGUCUUCCAUUGCCAUUUAUGAGAGAAAAUGGCAUGGACAAACCUGGGAUUAUCACUCUGUUGGGAAAAGAUGGUACAAAAUCGGUGGCAAAUCGUCGCCGGGAAAGCACAGGUGGAAGAAUGAGUUUGGGCAAAGGUUGGAAAGAAUUUGCUAAGGCAAAUGGCUUAAAGAUGGGCGAAUCCAUCACGUUGGAGUUAAUCUGGCAAGACACAACUCCUAUGCUCAGUUUGUUCCAUACAGAUUCUAGUAAAGAUAGAAGGGAACAAGGAGAGUAUUGUUCAAAAGUCAGUGAGAAAGAGCCGGUUUACACAGAACCUAACAGUGGAAACAAGACAAGAAUAGCCGAGAGUAAUAGAGACGAGAGAAGUUCAAAGGAGCUGGUGCGAAACAAGUGUCUUCCUUACAGGAGAGCUUCAUUGUCACCAAACGAAAACCGAUUCGCGACAUUGACUCUUACACAUAACAACCUCAGAUAUAGUAGACUGCGUCUUCCAUUGCUAUUCACGAGAGAAAACGGCUUAGACAAACCUCGGUUGAUAACUCUACUGGGGAAAGAUGGUGCAGAGUGGCUGGCAUAUCUUUGCUGGCAUAGCAAGGGUGGACCAAUGCAAUUGACAAAAGGCUGGAAAUUUUUUGCUGAAGCAAAUGGCUUAAAGCUUGGUGAAUCCUUCACGUUGGAGUUCAUCUGGAAAUAUGCAACUCCUAUGCUCAGUUUGCUCAGUGAGGAGUCCCCAAGUGAUAGAAAGCAACAAGAGGAGCGCUAUUCAAAAACUAGCGAGAAAGAGUCUAUUUCCACAGAACCUAGCAGUGAAACCAUGGCCACAAAAGCCAAGAGCAACAUAGAGGAGAACAGAGAUCCAUCUUCAGCAGUCCACAAUCGAUUUCUGACAUUAACACUCACACAUGAAGAUUUUAAACUAUGUCUUCCAUUGCCAUUCAUGAGAGAAAAUGGCUUGGACAAACCUGGGAUUAUCACUCUGUUGGGUAAAGAUGGUGCAAAGUGGCUGGUGAAUCGUAAACGGGAUCGCACAGGAAGAAUGACUUUGGGAAAGGUUUGGAGAGACUUUGCUAUAGCAAAUGGCUUAAAGAUUGGUGGAUCCUUUACGUUGGAGUCAAUCUGGCAAGACACAACUCCUAUGCUCAGUUUGUUCCAUACGGAUUCUAGUAGUGAUAAAAGGCAACAAGGAGAGUAUCGCUCAAAAGCCAGUGAGAAAGAGCCUGUUUACACAGAACCUAACAGUGGAACCAAGACAAUUAAAGCCAAGAGUAAUAGAGAAGAGAGAAGUUCAAAGGAGCUGGUGCGAAACAAGUUUCUUCCUUGCAGGAGAGCUUCAUUGUCACCUAAAGAAAACCGAUUCGUGACAUUGACUCUUACACAUGACAGCCUCACAAAGGGAAGACAAGGUCUUCCAUUGUCAUUCACGACAAAAAAUGGCUUGGACAAACAUCGGUUGAUAACUCUGUUGGGAAAAGAUGGUACAAAAUGGGUAGCAAAACUUGGACUGGAAAAGAAAGGUGGAAGGAGAAUGCAAUUGAGAAAAGGCUGGAAAAGUUUUACUAAAGCAAAUGGCUUAAAGAUUGGUGAAUCCUUCAUGUUGGAGUUUAUCUGGAAAGAUGCAACUCCUAUGCUCAGGUUUUUUAGUGAAGAGUCCCCAAGUGAUGGAAGGCAACAAGGGGAACACUAUUCAGAAACUAGCCAGAAAGAGUCUAUUUCCACAGAACCUAGCAGUGAAACCAUGGCCACAAAAGACAAGAACAACAUAGAGGAGAACAGAGUUCCAUCUUCAGCAAUCGACAAUCGAUUUGUGACAUUAACACGCACACAUGAAGAUGUUAAACUUAUUCUUCCGAGUCACUUCAUGGAGGCUAAUGGCAUCAACAGGCUUGGGAAAGUAACUAUGUUGGGUAAAAAUAGGAAGGUGUGUUCGGGUUUUCUAUUGUCAAGAGAUGGAGUCUUGGCUCUGGGAGAUGAUUGGAUAGGCUUUUGUGAAGCUCAUGGUGUUAAGACAGGAGAUUCCUUCACAUUGGAGUUCGUUUAUAAGCAAGAGACAACUCCGGUACUCAGGUUCAGUUCCAACUCCCGAGACUGA